GUAAUUUCAUUUGACACUUUAUAGAUGGCGCUAAAAAUUGUUAGUUACUAAAUUAUUGAGGUUAUGUAUAACCAAAUUUUCCUUUUACAGGCUUUUACUUUGAUUUAUAUUAAAAUGUUCUAAUUUAUACACAAUUGUACACAAUAUGUUUACUUCCGUACUUAAUUUGUCACAUUGGGAUGCUAAAAAAGCCGUCUAUAUAACAGAGGAUCAUUUAAAAGACUUACAAGAUCAUCAUCUUGAUUGCAUUAGAAGUUUAUAUGAAAAUUAUAACAAAAAGAUUAAAGGUAAAUUAGUAACUUAUCCACAAGGGACAAAUAUUGCUAUAAUAAUACGAGCUUUACUAAGUGCUAUAAUCAAGGAUUUAAAAUUUCCUGUCCUAAUAAUAUGUGAUUCUAAAUCAAUAUGCUUGUGGCAUUAUGAAAUGAGUAAAAUUGCAAAUGUGAUUGUUGUUAAUUAUGAAAAAAGUACAAUUAAUUCAUCACAUAUUAUAAUAACAACAUUAGAAAAAUUAAAAGAAACUCCAUUAGAUGUGGAUUUUUCAAUUAUUAUAGGGGAAGAAAUUGAAACUUUGAUUAAUAAGGUGGUUUUUAAAAGGAUUAGUGAUGCUCCUUAUAAAAUAGGUUUUAGUGAAAAAGAAUUUGUUGAUGAUGAUGAACUAAAAGUACUUUGGAAUAUUAUUAAAUGGGUUGACUCAAAUUUAGUUGGAAAAUUAAAUGAAUUCAUAGAAAUACAUAAGGACCAUAUGAACAACUUAAGAGAUCCAUAUGAUCAUAUAUGGCAUAGAAUUGAUUGGGAUUUAUCAAAUUACCAAUUAGAACUUGAAAAUACUGAGUAUAAAGCUUUAUUAGAAGAAUGGAGUGAUAGAAACAAUUUUAUUUCAAAAGUGAUAACACAAGGUGGUACUAAAAGUACUAAACGAUUCUUGAGAGAUAAUAAAAUAAGUCCUCAAACUAAAAAAAGUAAAAGUACAACAAAUGAUUUUGAUAAAACUAAUUCAACAAUUCAUUUAGUAUCAUUACAGAGAAAUAAUUUUGUUGCAAAAAUGACUAGUAGUGAGAAAUUGACUGAAAAUAAUGAUAGAGACAAACAACUUGGAGAAAAGAAAAGAAUUGAAUUGAGAAAUAAUUUAAAACCCACCAAGUUAUUCCAAAAUAUGAAUGAUUUUAUUGGAAAUACUACCUGUGGUAAUAAAAGAUCGAUUCAAAAUAAAAGUAGACAAUUAUUUAAAAAAAGUAAAAGUACCAUGAAUGAAACUGAAUGUAUUAAGAAUCCAUUUAAAAAGAAUUCUCAAAAAGCUAAAUCUACAAAUGAUUUGGAUUCAUUACAAACGAUUUUUGAAAAAGAUUCGUGGAUUGAAGAUAUUAUGAAAGAUGUAGAUGUUUCUGAAAUUUCUUCUGAAACCGAUACCAAAGAAACCACUAAAAUUUUUAGCUGUAUAGAAGAUAUGCCUUUUUCUUUAUCGACGGAAUCAAAAUUAUUUAAGGAGUUCAAUGAAGAUUUUAAAGUUGUAGACAAUAUUGAUACAAAUAAUGAAGUUGAGGAUUUUUCUGGUCUUGUUUCUUCGAUAAUAACCCAAGAAGACGAGGGAAUAUACCCUAUUUUAGAUGCAAUUAUCAAUGGGGGCCCUUUAGAAAAUGCUGUGGAAAAGUAUAAAAUUUUCCAAGAAAAUAGCAGAUCUCAAACGAGUAGGGAAAGGACCCCUUCGCCUAUAUCUACGGUAACAGAUCAAGAAGGGGGGCAAUACCCCAUUUUAGAUGCUAUAAUUAAUGGAUCGCCUUUAAAAAAAGCUAUGGAAGAGUAUAAAAGUAAUGUUUUGGGGAGACGUCAAUUUAGAGAUGAUAUUUUUCCUUUUUCAUUUAAGACUGAUUUACAAACAAAGUUUUAAAUUUUGAUUAUUUUUAAUAUA